AUGCCCGUGCCGAGGCAAGCUCUAAAACUAUUGCAUAUAUUGAACAAAACCACCACAGCAUCACUCUCCCAAGCGCAUCAAGCCCACGCCCAUCUCCUCAAAACAGGCAUUUCCAAUGUCCCUCGUCACACCACUAAGCUCCUCUCACUCUACGCCAAUCACCAAUGCUUUUCCGACGCACAAAGUUUACUCAAUUCGUUUUCAGGACCCGAUCUCUUCGCUUUCAGUACUCUUAUUUAUGCUUAUACGAAAUUCAACGAAUUUAAUCGGACAUUGAGAUUGUUUUCUGAAAUUUUUUGUAAUGGGCUCUUCCCUGAUGCCCACAUUUUGCCCAGUGUUAUUAAGGCUUGUUCUGGAUUGUCGGUUCUUGAAAUAGGGAAACAAGUUCAUGGGUUUGGUUUGACAUCUGGACUUACUUUAGAUUCUUUUGUCGAGUCAUCUCUUAUACAUUUUUAUGUGAAGUGUAAUGAACUGGUUGAUGCUCAUAAAGUGUUUGAUAACAUGGUUGAGAGGGAUAUGGUUUCUUGGAGUGCGUUGGCCGCUGGGUAUGCGAGAAAAGGGGAUGUGGUUAGUGCGAAAAAAGUGUUUGAGGAGGGGAAGAAACUGGGGUUUGAGCCUAAUUCAGUGUCGUGGAAUGGUAUGAUUGCGGGUUUUAAUCAGAGUGGCUGUUUUGUGGAUGCAGUUUUCAUGUUUCAUGGGAUGCAUUUAGGCGGUUUUAAGUCUGAUGGCACUGGUAUCUCUAGUGUCCUUCCUGCAAUAGGUGACUUGAGGGAUUUAAAUAUGGGCAUUCAGGUUCAUGGGCAUGUGAUCAAGAUGGGGUUUGGAGUGGAUAAGUGUAUUGUUAGCGCACUUAUUGAUAUGUACAGCAAGUGCGAAUGUGCUCCAGAGAUGUCACAAGUGUUUGAAGAAAUGGAUCUAGUGGACUUGGGUGCUUGCAAUGCGUUGAUUUCUGGGCUUUCACGAAAUGGUCUCGUUGAUGAGGCAUUGAAGUUAUUUAAAGAAUUUCAGGGCCAGAUGAUGGAACUGAAUGUUGUUUCAUGGACUUCCAUGAUUGCUUGUUGCUCACAGCAUGAGUCCACUCUAUCUGUUGAGCUUGUUACCAAGGACUCCAGAUCAUCUGGCUUCGAAGUAUCAAAUGAUUUGAUGAUGUUUACAAGCAUUGGACUGCAGAGUACAUUGAAUUCAUUGCUGCAACCGAGCAUAGGCUUUGACUCGAGAGAAAUUUGUGCAAGGCAUUUCAAUAUCUUGACCAGGCUGGUAGUAUGCAAGUAA